ACCUACAGCCACAAGUCAUUAUGUCUUGGGAAAUAGGAACUCCGAGCAAAUCUCUGCCACGGACAUUGAGGAACACGAGGAGCGGGCUCCUGUAGGAGAACUGUAGGGCAACAAAUACGUCAACGCUUCACCAUGCUGCUGUAUAAUGGAGAGGAAGAGGAAGAUUUGCUUGACAGAUUUAAAGAGAUCUGGAUUCUGCACCCAGCAUUAAUGGGCACUCUGACCUCUGUCGUCUUCCUGUUUGUUUGCUGGACCAUUAAAGAUAGCCUCAAAAUCGGAGACACCCGUGGUAAAUAUGUGUUUAUCACUGGCUGUGAUUCAGGUUUUGGAAAUCUUCUGGCUCAAAGACUUCACAGAAAAGGAUUUGACAUCAUUGCUGCAUGUCUGACCGAGAAGGGGAGGGAAGACUUGAAGGCCUGCACAUCUCCUACACUGAGAACAGUCCUAUUGAAUGUCACAAACCCCCGGAGUAUUGAUAAUGCGGUGGCGUAUGUGGCCGAGGAGACCGGUUGUAAAGGUUUGUACGGCUUGGUGAACAAUGCGGGGAGAGCCACUCCGAUUGGACCUACUGACUGGCUGGACAUGGAAGACUUCCACAGAGUUCUCGAUGUGAACCUUAUCGGACUCAUCGAGGUGACCAUAAAGUUCCUGCCGCUUCUGAAAAAGGGCAAAGGAAGAAUCGUCAAUGUGGCCAGUGUGAUGGGGAGAUUGGCCUUCGGAGGCGGCGGUUACUGUUUGUCGAAAUGUGGUGUGGAAUCUUUCUCGGAUAGUUUGAGGAGAGACAUGCAGCAUUUCGGGGUGAAAGUCAGUAUCAUCGAACCUGGAUUCUUUAAGACGGGCGUCACCAGCCUCGAAAUCAUAGAAAAGGAUUUAAAUCGACUGUGGAACAGACUUGAGCCAGAAGUUAGAUAUGCGUAUGGUGAUAAGUACUUCGAUAACUAUUUAAAAGUUCAGCGAUUAUCGAUGAAAACCUUCUGCAGCUCAGACAUCUCCAAAGUGACAAACUGCAUGGAACAUGCGCUGACAGCCAAAUACCCACGGACGCGGUACGGUGCUGGGUGGGAUGCAAAGUUAUUUUGGCUCCCCUUAUCCUACGCUCCAGCCAUUGUGGCCGACGUCAUGUUGAAAAUGUUAUUACCUCGGCCAGUCGGGAUCAAGAAAGCAGUAGCUAAGAACCAGGUGGACGUAUGAGUUAUUGUUUUGCACGGAUUUUGUUUCAAUCAAAUAAAAACAUUUUU